ACAUAUUAUUACCUGAAUGCGUGGAAAGUAGGUUUGGCUCGAAAAUGAGUCACCACUUCUAAUGGCAGUGUACCGAUCCCUUCUCUUACAUCAUCCAGCUCCUCCGCCUAUAAUUCCUUCUUUCCGAAAUUACCCCUUGAAACCGCUCAAAUUCUCCAGCCUGCCCUUCAUCCACCGCUACCGUCCCUCUCCGAUCUCUUCAGCUCGGUGCUCUUCGUCGUCGUCCAUGGAAUCUCCUCCCGAAGGUUACCGAAGAAAUGUCGGUGUUUGUCUCAUGAACUCUUCCAAAAAGAUUUUCACUGCUUCAAGGUUGGACAUUCCCAGUGCUUGGCAAAUGCCUCAGGGUGGAAUCGACGAGGGUGAAGAUCCAAGAGUUGCAGUCAUGAGAGAGCUUAAAGAAGAGACUGGAGUUCACUCCGCUGAGAUUAUCGCAGAGGCACCUCACUGGGUUACGUAUGAUUUCCCCCCAGAUGUUAGGGAGAAGCUUAAGGUCCGAUGGGGAACAGAUUGGAAGGGUCAAGCACAGAAAUGGUUCCUCCUGAAGUUUACUGGGAAAGACGAAGAAAUCAAUCUUCUUGGCGAUGGAACUGAGAAACCCGAGUUUGGGGAAUGGUCCUGGGUAUCUCCUGAUCAAGUCAUUGAACUUGCUGUGGAGUUCAAGAAGACAGUAUACAAGGAAGUCUUGUCAGCUUUCGCGUCUCAUUUCCAGUAAAAAAGAAACCGAAACCUCUAUGUGUUUUACGUUUUUGGUUACAAACUCGAGAAUAAGCUGUACUUUACAUAUUUGCUUUUUUGAAUAAUCCAUGAAUGAAAUUACAAUCUUCGUUCCC